CGCCUUCCUCCGCCGCACCUCAGCCGGCGUCCACCUCUCCCUCUCAGCCCCGGACCCUCUCGCCGCCGCCAUGGCCGCGUCCGCGUCCGCGCUGCCGCACCAGUGGGCCUGCCGCACGCAGAAGAGCGUCACCCUCGCCCACUCGCAGCCCGCCUACGGCCCGCACGGCCUCGACGAGCUGCGCGCCAGCGCCCGCACCGUCGCAUACGCACCCGACGGCUCACUCUUUGCCGCGGCCUUCGAGGAUGCCGUGCGCCUCGUCGCCACGGCGCAGGCUGCCGGCGCGCCCGCCGUGCUGCACACGCUCGCCGCCGCAAAGGCCGUCGACAUGCGCUUCAGCCCGCGCGGCCGCUUCCUCAGCACGUGGGAGCGCCCCGGCAAGGACGCCGAGGGCAACAACACGCGCAACCUGAGCAUCUGGGAUACGCGCACCGGCGAGCGCGUCGCCAGCUUCGAGCGCAAGAGCCAGGACGGCUGCCACUUCCAGUUUCCCGUCUCGGAGACGCACGCCAUCCGCCAAAACUCGACCGAGCUGCAGGUGCUCGAUGCCAGCGACAUGAGCGGCCCUGUUGUCGGGCGUCUGCGCCUCGAGGGCAUGACGAGCUACGAGGUCGGGCCCGGCGACAAGCCGUCCAUCGCGGUGUUCUGCGGCGAGAAGAAGGGCGCGCCUGCUUCGGUGCGCGUUUACUCGCUGGCGUCGCUCAUCCCGGCGCCCGAGACACCGCCGGCGCCCAUCUCGCAGAAGAUGUUCUUCAAGGCCGACAAGAUCCAGAUGAAGUGGAACAGCGCUGGCACGUCGAUUCUCUUCCUCACGUCGACGGAGCACGACAAGACGGGCAAGUCGUACUACGGCGAGACGAACCUGUACAUGAUGUCGACGCGCGGCGACUUUGACUGCCGCGUCGGGCUCGACAAGGAGGGCCCGGUGCACGACUUCGAGUGGAACCCCAACGGGCGCGAGUUCAUCGUCAUCUACGGCUACAUGCCGGCCAAGGUGACGCUCUUCUCGUACCGCGUCAAUGUCAUCGCCGAGCUGGGCGUGGCGGGCCGCAACUUUGCCGCCUUCAACCCGCAGGGGCGCCUCUUUGUCAUUGCCGGCUUCGGCAACUUGAACGGCACCGUCGACAUCUGGGACCGCGAGCUGCUCGGCGGCUCGGCGGGCACGUCUGCCGAGGCGAGCGCGCAGGCGAAGCUCUUCUCGCUCGACGCAUCAAACUCGAGCGUGUGCCAGUGGAGCCCCGACGGGCAGUACCUGCUCACCGCGACGCUCAGCCCGCGCCUGCGUGUCGAGAACGGCGUGCGGAUAUGGCACUGCACGGGCAAGCUCAUCCACGUCGACAUGCAGGACGAGAUGUACCAGGCCAUGUGGCGCCCCGAGCUGCCGUCCGAGGCGAUGGCGAACCACCCCUUCCCGAAGGCGAUCCCUGCUGCGCCCGAGCCGUCCGAGGCUGCGCAGGCCAUCCUCGCGGCGAAGCAGGCCAAGGCGGCGGCCAAGCCGGCUGGCGCAUACCGGCCGCCCGGCGCACGCAACGGCGCGUCUGUUUCGAGCGAGUUCCAGCGUCUCUACCAGGAGAGCGCCAGCGGCUCGAGCUCGCCGACGCGCACCGCCUCGCCGGGCCCGAAUGGCCAGUACGUGCCGCCGGGCGCGGGCCCGCGCGGCAAGCGCACGGUGCCAGGUGCUGCACCGCCGCCAGGCAGUGCGCCGGCUGCCAAGCCGGGCAAGAAGGGCGGCGCCAAGGCGGCACCCGCCAGCAAGGAGGAGCCUGAGGCCGCCGCGGCGCCUGCCGUCUCGGGCCCCGCCGACGUGGGCGGCAACGCGGCGGCCGCGGGCGCCAUCGACAAGAAGCUGCGCAACCUCAACAAGAAGCUCAAGGCGAUCCAGGAGCUCAAGGAGAAGCGCGCAAAGGGCGAGAAGCUCGAGAUGACGCAGGUGGCCAAAAUCGAGGCCGAGGCCGAGCUGCGCAAGGAGCUUGCUGCGCUGGAGUAAUGCAUAUGCAGUAAGCUAUCCCUCGUGUGUGCCUGUGCAGUCACAGGCAAAGCCAGCAAGGGCAGCACGCCUGGCCUGCCUUGCGUGUGCUCCUCAGGGCGCGUCGAGGGGCAGCACCAUCACGCCGCUGCGCUUGAACCACGUCACAUUAGAAGUACAUCACCAGUCUCGCCCCGUGUCGCAGCCACGCCAUGUAGAGACGGAGCGCUC